AUGCAGAUGCUCGAUAACAAUCUUAUUCCUCACUGUCUACUACUCAUUGUUCUGGCCACUGGAUUACGCUGUCUGGAGCCGGAUUCUGCUCUCCCGGAUCGUUGGGCAGAAGAAUGCAGACAUCUUGUGAUUCCGGACAUUUUCUCUCGGGCUUCAACAACAAAUCUGCAGACACUGCUCCUUUUGCAGCGGUAUGAAUGGCAUCGCGGUGCUCAUCUGAGCGCUUAUUUUGUCGCCGCUCUAGCAACGCGUCUGGCAACAGCUCUGCAACUAGAAGCAGAACCAUCUGCCAAUCGCAGCGAUGCUCCUCCUCUUCCGGCCACAGUGAUGGAGACUAGGCGUCGCUUGAUUUGGAGCUGUUUUACCAUGGACUCUGUUCCUGACGGUAGCACAAGCCCCCUGAAAUCUGCGUUGGAUCCAUUUUCGAUCGAAGCUCGACUUCCAUGCGAUGAACGUUCUUAUUGGCUUGGUCUUGACGCAGUGACUGAUACAUUCUCAAAAAUAAAAGAAUCCGGCAAUACCACAGGAUUAGGCUCAUCCAGUGUUGCAGGCUACAUUAUCCUGAUGGCUGGAAUACGCUUGCAAAUUCUCCAAUAUGCUUCUACCUUUUCUCCAAAGAACAAGGAAUUGCUUCUUCCGGAAAUACCAUGGCAUUCUGAUUCCAAGUUUCAACAUCACAAGCGUCUAAUGGAUGAUUUUCUUGUUAAAUUGCCGCAUGAGUUUCAAUGGAACGAGUAUACGAAGCUCAACCCGGAGGCCUGGCAAUCGACUAGGAGUACUCUUUGCACGCUUCACGUUAUGUAUCAUGCUGCGUAUACUGACCUCUUACGAGUCGCUUUAUUUCUAGAGAGAGCUCAGACCGUUUUUCAAAGCAAGUCUUUGUUUGCAAAUUCGCCGUUUGCCAAUAUCUCUGACCAAGACCUCGACCCCUUUGUAUCCGUCGGUGCUUGCGUCUCGAUUCGAGUGCUCAUUCUAGAGCGAGGACCUGGAGACGCUGAGAGCUUGGGCAUCUCAGAAGCUGCUGUUCGGAAUGCUCUAGAUGUGGCCACUACCUGCGCGAAAAGAACAGCUAGGUGGUCCCAGCCAAUGCGAAAGAUGUUACACGCUCUCGCUGAAAGAGCUCUACAAUAUGGGAUCCGCCUGGAUGUCCCAGAAAUAUUUUUGCCCGCCAGUCCGACGUCGCAUCUUCCCUCGAGGGCACACUCUCCAAGUCUUCGCACGUACGGAACUCAGGGAAGUAUACAUCGUUCUCUCGCAAGUAAUAAAGAUGACACUCAGAUAUUCCUGGAUCAACAAAACCAUGUGUUAACGGCUCACACAAUGGUUGACUCUGGAAAAAAAACCAGCUUACAAGAGCCAACCGUGGUCACCACGAUACCACAAUCAGCACAGAACCCUGGCAUUUCCAUGGAAUCUCUCUCGUUAUUGGAAGCCAGCACUACUGGCAUAACAGGCAAUGCAAUUCUAAACUCGGGUAAUUCAGGAGCACCAGGACUCAAUAGCCCCUUUCUCCACUCCUAUGAAGCCCUCAGCCCAGAGUCACUCCGUAUCGCAUCUAACUGGAGUAAUGGGACAUAUGACAUUGUCACGAGUGAUCUCUCAUUUGCUAUGAGUCCAGGUGACACUUUUCUCGACUUUAACAGCGAUGAUUACCAAUUAUUCAACACAGACAUCGGCAACAAUAACAUAUGGCCGACCUAA